AUGUCUAAAAGGUGCCGUACUCAGAAAUGGGUCUAUUCCAGGUACAAAUUCGACGAGAACCACAGGAACUAUACCCUGAACAUCGAGGGUCUUAUCUGCAAUCUGAAGCCGACCGUCCUGAAAUCGUACAAGAAACAUCCUAAACCAGGAGUCAAGGCAGUUGGGCAGACCUCGGCUUUUAUCGAAGGGCACGGAAUCCUCACGUACACGAUCCACCACGACGAACCGCCUCGGAUGGGAACGAGAGUCGCAGUGAGCUGUGGUUUUGGUGACUGCGGAUCAAGAGGAUAG